AUGCCAACUCCAGUAACAGAUGAUUCUACUCCACGGGUGAUACCACCUGAAAUAGCCUACCAAAUUCUAACGUUCCAGUUUAGGGACCUGAUGAGCAAUGAUCAUCCGGGGAAUGCAGAGAAAUUUACCGAGAACUUCAGGACAUUUGUGCGAAGCAACUUGAGCGUUAAUAAGACUUUCUACCAUGUUUGUCGUGUGCUCAUCUACAGAUACUGUAAAUUGACCACGGCCAAGAGGUUCCACAGCUUGUUGGAGACUUUAAGGAACAAUGAAAAAGUAUGCAAUAUCGUCCAGGUGGCUGAUUUCCAAGAAUUAACAUCGAUAGGCCUUGGCCGUACUGGUGAGAUGAACAAGAGAAUAAAAAAUCUGACAAAUGAAACUCUCUCGGAGUUCCUAGAGUUGACACAGUCCAACCUACGAGAGUUUCUGGCAUGUGAACAUAUACAGGACGACUUGGAUGAGAAUAUUGUGUAUAAUUUGCUCCGACCUGGGACGGUGCUUAGUGUAUUGGACUUUUGCGGCUGUUCAGGUGACAAGUUUACUGAAAGUUGUAUUAAGGCUUUGGAUAGAUUAUACCGAUUUGAUGAGGAGAAGCAACAGUACAUUACUAAAGAGGAGAAUUAUCAGAUAACAUGUUUGGGUCUGAAUGAUUGUACAGAUUUACCGUCACCAGUGCUGGGUAGAAUACUUCUUAUGUUGCCCGAAUUGCAGAAGUUGGAUUUGGGGCAUACUUCUAUUGAUGAUCAUACCUUGAUGAAUGGGCUCCCUCAUCUAAAAAGUUUAACACAUUUGUCUCUCUCGAUGUGCUUGAGGCUAUCCCCUCGUGGGGUUCUAGAAUUUUUCAGUCAUCAUCCCGCUGUUACCGAUUCAAACAACUCAAAGACAUUAGAAUGGCUAAAUCUUUACUCUAUGCCACAUUCAUCAUCCUGGACAGCAGUUCACGCAAUGUUUUUACUACGGAAGCUGUGUCAAUUUGGGCACAAUAAGACGCUUCAAUAUCUAAAUUUAGGUGGGAUGCCAUUUCAUGAGUCGGACGAUCGCUCCGCUGUCAGGUCUGGUCCUUACUACCAAUGCCAUGACACGCUCCAGUUCAUCAAGUAUAAUUUUCCCAAGUUGAAGAGCUUGAGUAUCAGAGGUAGCAAUUUCCCAAUAACAAGGAUUUGCGACUUCCUUACUCCUGUAAAUGAGCAAAAUUUUGAAGUUAAGAGCGGAUACGAACUUGGGAAGGAUGAAUUACCGGAAAUACAAAAACUGAAAUUCUUGAAUAUUAGUAACAAUUUUCAUGUCAACAAGUGGACAAUCCAAGACCCUGCACUGUUCACUUGUUCUCCAAGUCUCGUUGCCCUUGAAGUCUCUUUUGACUCAUGGCAGCAAAUUGAAAAGGCUAACGAAAAGCAUGAGAUAAACGCUUUGCGUUACAAGAAUCCACAUGUUCUAAUUAAAGAUCCAAACGAUGCCGAAAUAGUCAAAUGGAAAUGCUACAUCGAUUCCUCCUACGGGCGGCGUUAUUGGCUUCAUAAGGUGGAUAAAUACCUAAAUCGAGAUGAUUUAGAGACGAGAGGUAAUAUUUCGAAGUAUGACUGUGAGGGAAGGAAAAUAAUUGAAAUUACCAAGCAACCGGAUUUUUUAAAGUUUGCCCAAAGUAAGAUCAUGCUAGGUUGUGGGAUCGUACCUUUAAGUGGUGUUCGGAGAAAAGAAUCAUACAGGGACUUGAAACCGCCUAUAUCCCAAUUUUUUACCAGAAGUGGUGGUACUACUUUGGGUCAUACUGCGACGCCAAUUGUCACACCCAGAUUGCCUCCAGGAGGUUGGAGAUUAAUACAUCAUGAUGAAGAAGAUUCUUCAUUAGACAAUAUCAUACCGGAGGAAGAUGAGGAAGCUGGCGUCAUGACCGAUUCCUUUACAUCGAACGUCAGCGCCAACUAUUCUCCUGCUCAAUUUAGCAAUCGGAUGAGCAGAGAUGGUUUAUAUUGGGACAGAUCCAUUCCGGCUCUCAACUUACGACCAGCAGAAGAAAUGACAUACAUAGCACCAGCUUCACGGCAAUCACAACAACAAAUUCACCAACCACCUGAAAGCAUUGGGGAACAGGUGGAAGAAAAUGAUGACGAGUAUUUUAACGACGUUACACUACAACGGCGUAGAUCACAAUUGAGUAUCUUGGGAUUAUCACAUCCACGUAACUCAGUGCUACCAAGGCAGAAUAGUUGGAACUCAUCUAUAUCUCUGCUGUUCCCCUUCAGAAAGCCCAAGAACUACUUCAUGUUGAACCCCAAGGAAUUCGUUUUUGAUGUAAAUAGCGAAGAAACUACAGAGCGGUAUCGGAUACAUUUUGAGCUGGUCAACGAAUACGAGGUAUUCGGAUGCAUUGAACGAGGUAUGUACCGGUACUACAGUCUGAAGACAUGA